CUCCUCCAUCGCCGCCCAACUCUCCUCCCACUCCUACUCCUCCGAGGCUGGCGAAUAAACUCCUCUCUAAUGAGCUUACCACCCAACUCCCGAUUCCGACGAAUCAACUCGUCUUCAAUACCCCACCUCCAAGCCCAACUAAAAAGUUUACACCCAAUCAUGGAAACGAUUGCUUAAAAACCCAUUUCCCUAAUCUGUUUCACUUUUUGGGCGCCCAUAAAAUGGAAUUAAACAAUUUCCAGCCGCCGAAACGCAACAGAAUUUUUGAAUUUUGUAAAUCCAAAUGAAUUUUGUUACGAUUUGAUUUACCUUGAUUCAUGUAAUUGCAGAUUGAUUGAAGACCAAAGAAUUAUCAUAAAAAGAGAAGCUCCAUUAUCUCUACUGAUCUCCAGCAUCUUUAUUAUUUGUAUUUCCACUGAUGUAGGAUCUAGAUUGCUUAUUACCUUGUAUAGACUCCUUAGACUUAGGAUUCAGAUUUGCUAGUCUUUUUUAUAUAUAUGUGUAAUAUUUCUCUGUAAAGAUAAAUGAAAAGAAAGAGGAUUCUCUUCUAAUUACUUUCAAGUUUUCAUGGUAUCAGAGCGUUGAUUUCUAGCGCCUCUGCAAAGCUUCCGCAACCUUUUGUUUUUCAUGGAAGUUAUUGAUCAAGGAAAUACAAAAUCCUAUCGAUCAAGCCAUGACUUCCGAAUUAUCCGACCCUAAAAAGCGUAUUGAUCAAACCAUGACUUCCCUCACCAUAGAUCCAUCUGAUCCUCUUUAUAUUCAUUCCUCAGAUCAUCCAGGACCGAUUCUUGUUCCAAAGGUUCUCGACGGAACCAAUUAUGCUAUGUGGAGAUGAUCAAUGUUGGUGAGUCUCAGUGCUAAAAACAAAUUGGGGUUCAUCAAAGGAACCAUACCUACCCCAACUGAGACUGAUGCUGCACUUCCAGCGUGGCAACGCUGCAAUGAUAUGGUCCUCUCUUGGAUAUUCAAUUCAUUGAGUCCAGACCUUGCCAAUAGUUCUCUAUGUCGAAACUCCCUCAGAAAUUUGGGCAGACCUACAAGAACGCUUCUCACAAGGUGAUUUUUCUCAUCACUAUCAAGUUCAACGUUCCAUCGUUGAGUUGAGACAAAAUCAAGAUUCUAUUUUCACUUAUUAUACUAAGAUCAAAACUUUUUGGGAUGAGUUGAAGAUAUGUAGCCCACCCAUUCCUUGCACUUGUGGGGGAAUGAAACAUCUAAAUGAAAGAGAAGAAAAAGUGAAGCUAGGACAAUUCCUUUUUGGAUUGAAUGAGUCUUAUUCCACUGUGAGAGGAAACAUUAUGAUGAUGCAGCCUUUACCAACAGUCAAGCAUGCCUAUUCACUUCUCUGUGAAGAAGAAAAGCAACGUGGACUAGUUGAACACAAGAGCAUAGACCAAACUCAUGCUAUGCAUGUCAAAACACACCCGCACUUUAAGCAACAAGGAGCUGAUACCCAACGCCAUGCCGAUUCUCGUCCAUGGACAUCCUCUUCAAAAUCCCAAGGGUCUAAGAAACCACUCCUAUGCUCUUAUUGUGACGGCACCACUCAUACAGUGGAACGGUGCUAUUAUUUGAUCGGCUUUCCUAUUGGUCGCAAGCUUCAUGGCAAGGAUGUUCAACCUCCAAAUCGAAACCGAAAGAUUGCUGCCAAUCAAAUCGGCACUGAGCCCAGUCAUGUCUCAACCAAGACAACACAUACAUCUGAUCCAUCAAUCCAGUUCACCCCGGAAGAGCUCUCACAAAUAAAGGCCUUUUUCCGUAAUGGUAAAAAUCCUCAUUGUGCAAAUUAUGCAGGACCUUGCUACGAAGAGGAUGAUUGGCCUGGGGAAGCAACAUAAGGGGCUGUACUAUCUUGUACCACACUCAGAGGCGUUGUCACCAUCACCGGCAUCCCACCAUGUCUCCUCCCCGUCUGAUAUCACUUGGCAUCAACGGCUGGGGCACCCUUCCAAAGGCCAUCCCCUUUUUUAUCAAAACAA